GGAGUCAGUGUCGGUUGAGGAUCGCGUGCGGGCACCCGCGUAGCUCUACGCCGUAGCGCUACGAACACGCCGCGGCUACGAGAUUUAUUUUUUGUGCUACGCGCUGAAUGCAGUCAAUGUUCCCGUUUUACGUUGACACAAUUUUUUUUUAAUUUUCGUCGAGUGCAGUGAAUGGUUUUUGAGGCGCUCAGUGUAAAUACUCUUUAGUGGAAUCCGACUUUUAUAGGGAUUUUAUCGAGUGUAAAAUGUAAUGUAAAAACACAAACAUAAAAUAUAGCCCAAAUACCAAAAAACAGGCAAAAAAGUGAACUAAACAAAAACCAAUAAGAAUGUGAAACAAAGUGCCAAAAACAGUGAAAAAAUGUUGAACGGAACCACGGAAAGGGGGGGCUUGUCCUUACAAUCGUCACCGGUAAAGGUGUCCACAUCCCCAGUUCGAGCCACUUCGAGCCCGGUUCGAGCACCUCCUUCGCCGCUCAAAUCUUCUUUAGCCAGUGGAAGGAGAUCUCCCAGAAGAUGUCAGUUUGCGGCCCCUGUGGAAGAUGCGAGGGAUAAAUGUGGGGCUUCCUGGCUCUGUCGAAGAGGGGCUGGGAUUGGGGAGGAGUCGGACCUUGAAAGGUCUCCAGGUCCCAGUGCCCCUGUGCUGCAGGCUUGUGACGAGUCCGUGCCGCCGCCGAAGAACUGCUACCGAUUGGUUAUGUUGGGGUCAGCACGUGUUGGCAAGACAUCACUAGUGUCCAGGUUUCUGGGCACAAAGUUCGAAGACAGCUACACCCCAACUAUUGAAGACUUCCAUCGAAAGCUGUACCGCAUCAGGGGCGAGGUGUACCAACUGGACCUUCUGGAUACAUCGGGAAACCAUCCGUUUCCAGCUAUGAGGAGACUGUCUUUUCUUACUGGUGACCUCUUCGUGUUGGUAUUUGCGAUGGACAGUCGCGAGUCAUUUGAAGAAGUGAUACGGCUUCGGGAACAGAUCCUGGAGACGAAGGCUAGUGCUAGCAGUGGCAGCAGCAGAGGUCGUCGCCAGGCACCCAGAGUCCCCAUGGCCAUCGCUGGGAAUAAAUGUGACAGGGAUCUUAAGACAGUCCAACCCGAAGAAGCCGUAGCCUACUGCAACACCCAAGACUCAGCCUGCGUCUUCGUUGAAACGUCAGCGAAAAAGAACUUCCACGUCGACGACCUCUUCUAUGAACUCUUCGUGGUAGCAAACUUACCUUUAGAAAUGGCCCCGAACCACCAUAAAAGGGUCAGUACUGCAUUCGGCAGCCCCUGCACUUUACCCCCUACCAGUAGCCAAAGUAAUAGGAGUAAGAAAUGUACCCUUUCCAUCAAGAGAAGACUAUCAGACGCUUGCGGAGUUGUCGCUCCGAAUGUUAGAAGACCCAGCAUCAGAACUGAUCUAAUGAUAAUGAGAACAAAGACUUGUGCCAAAGGAGACACGGACAGUACGAGUGGAAGCCCGAAGAUAACCCUGAACCGUCUUGUAAGGUCUUCGGGGCAGAGUGAAAAGCGUUCAUGUGUUAUACAGUGAUAUUUAAUGUUAGGAGACAAGGUCUGAUGAAAGAUGAUCGUGUCGAUAGGUGCUAUAAUAGGACGUGGAUGAAUUUGUAUGCUGCAAAAAGUUUUGGAAACUUCAAAAUGCUACCGAGGGUCCUUUUAGAGGCAUAUAUUCAGAUUGGUAUAUCAUAAUUCAAGAUACAGUGAAACCUUGUUAAGUGAGACA